AUGGUUGCACGUUACUUAUGGCUGCGUGUAAAUCAGAUACACCCGGUUGGUGUUUACGAGGGUGAAUGGGUUACAAUGGCACCCGUUUUAAUGCGUAAUGACUGGACCACGUUGACAAAUGCGCAUCGCGAGUGUGUGGAUCAGUUUGGCGAACUGUUAUGUUAUAAACCGCUAUUAACAUGGUAUGAUUGGUCGCGAUUAUUAAUUGUGGCACGCAAUAAAGUAUGUUUCGCAACCCUUCAAAGCCAAGAUGAAGCACCACUUGUAACAUUUGAUUAUCAGUGGGAAGACAACAGUGCAAGAAUGUGUAUAAACCCUGGAGACGAUGAACAGCUACGAGCUUGUAUGCGUAUGAUGGGUGGUAAAUAUGCGUGUGUAGAUAAUUUGUUGGAUUAUAUAGUACUUUUAGAGUAA